AUGAAUUAUAACUAUGAGGUUAUAGGUGGCGAAGAAGGCCAUGUUUCCCGCGAUUGCGUCGGUCCGCCCAAGUCAAGGGAGUGCUACAGCUGUGGAAAGACUGACCAUCUAGCAAGAGACUGCCCAGACCAGCCCGCAGAGCGCGGUGGUGGCUACAGUUCAUUUAGCAACAACAACAGCAGCAACAACAACGCAAGCUCGAUCCAAGAAUGCUACCGCUGCUCAAAGGCAGGGCAUAUUGCCCGAAACUGCCCUGAGGCUGUUGGUGGAGGAAGCGGAGGAGGAGGAGGAGGGUACGGAGGGUAUAACGAUAAUAUGAGAGGAAAAAACUGUUUUACAUGCGGAGGUUUGGGCCACCUUUCGAGAGACUGCGUUAAGGGCGCCAAGUGCUACAAUUGCUCUGGCUAUGGGCAUAUAAGCCGUGACUGCCCUAAACCUCAGCAACGUGUGUGCUACCAGUGCGGUUCUGAAGGGUAA